GAUGACGUCAUCGACCCCAAUGAAGACCCCUCUAGGGCAAUAGUCGGCGCUCGGAAAACUAUAUAAACGUGUCGAAGAGCUUGCCUGCCUGUCGGCUUCGGAGGAAGCCAGCUCAUACGGUUUUGAGGAAAUAUAACACCAUCGCAUAGAUGGCCGCAUCUAGCGUGCCGAAGCUGUACCGCAGUGUGAUCGAAGAUGUCAUAAAUGGGGUCAAAGAUAUUUUCCUCGACGAAGGUGUGGACGAUCAAGCACUUCAAGAACUGCGACAGAUAUGGGAAAAGAAACUGACGGAAUCCAAAGCUGUCGACACACAUGAGCCAGCACCACAGCCAACGUUCCAAAGGACAGCGCAUGCUGUCGUGCAGCAGCCGCAAGUGCAUCAAGCAGCAGCGACAGCAAAUCCUGUUGCUGCACAAGCCAUUACACACCAGUUGACGAUUGGACCAAAUGGUAUUGUUCAACCUACUGUCCUGCAGUACCACGCCACGCCAACGUCUGGAGGGCAAAAGUUAACUAUCACACUUCCAGCACAGUCAGCCCAGCAGGGACUACAAACAGUAAUGUAUCGUCCACAACAGAUCCAUUCUUCCUCAGCCGCAACGGCAGCAUUAGCACUUCAUCCCGAUGUGGCGGCCAGCUUGUUGCAGGGAGGGGUCUUAAAUAUGGCCCAUGCAACCGCACUUCAGGCAGCUGCACGAAAUGUAAAUGCACAGGCGGCAGCUGGCAACAUUCAGUUUCAACACAUCAUGAAGCCAACGGGGGAACCAGGGCAGUACACAGUCACGAUGGGGCAAGCACUCGCAGGACACGCAACACCGAUGGUGGUGACGAGCGGUCAGCCGGUGGCCCAGGCCGCGGUUCCUGUUACGGCAGCCACGCAACAGCGGAAUGUUGCGGGCAACCCAGUGAUACAGUUAGAUGGAGCCAAUGACACAAGCGACGAAGAAGAAGAGGAAGAUGAUUUCCAAGAUGAUGAUGACAAGGACGACAAUGAUGAUGAUGUUGCAGAUGAGGACAAUGAUGACGCUGGAGAGGAAGAGGAACCACUAAAUUCCGAUGACGAUGUCUCGGACGAGGAAGUUUCCGAGAACUUCGAAAUUGAUAAUGUCGUCGUCUGCCAGUACGACAAGAUCUCAAGGAGCAGAAAUCGCUGGAAGUUCCACCUCAAGGAUGGAAUCAUGAACCUUCAGGGCAAGGACUACGUUUUCCAAAAAGCUGUCGGGGACGCAGAGUGGUGAACACUCGGAGGGCCACAGACGUGAUCAACUUCUACUGUGAAGGAACUGUGUGGUGGAAAAUCACCCCCACAUUUUCUUUUGUAAUUGACUUUUUCUUCUUCUUUUUUUUUUAACUGUUUCGUUGCUCUUUUUUUCUUCAUUUUCUCUCUCUCUUUCUUCCUCAGUUUGUCAUUUACCCAGCACAUGCACUUUUUAGGGGGACGGGUCACAAAAAUGGUUUCCACUCUCCUGGUGUCCUUUUCAUGCAUGUAUUCAUUCUGCCUCGUCUAUCAUGUGUUAUCAUUAUGCUGGAAGAUGAGUUUUCAAGCAGACAGUGUGAUAGACUGACAUGAAUCACGAUCUUUCAUUGACGCUUAUCAGAGGUGCAUCUAUCCUGGUGCACACAUAUCAGAUGUCUGGAUUAGAACAGGAUUGGGACCGUGACAUGUACUGGGGAAAAAGCAUGCCAAAAUUCUUUUAAAAUGUGGGACAUCAUGUUCAUAAAAAGAAGUGAGAAGGAACUAUUUUUGCAUGAACCUUACAGUAGUCAAGUUUUGGGGCAUAAAUUGUGUAGUUCUGUUGGUUAUGGAUGUGGAAAACUGGCGUUCAUGUGUGUUAUGAAUGAUGGUGUGUGUUUGAGUACAAUGACACCAAGUGUAAAUUGGCAGCGCUGAUUUUUAUAGAAGAGGGCAGCAGAAGUAACCAUAUGUGGUAAUUUUUAAAAUAAACGAUGUCAGUGUAAUUUUCUUUCUCUGAAGCGCGCAAAACAAUAUAGCAGAUGACUUGCUGGGCAUUGGAUAAUGUCUGAUUAGUUGUAAACAUAAAAGACGAACAAAUGACGUUUUCUGGCACGA